CACACCAGCCUACUAUGCAGCCUGUGUUGCAGCCUUUCAAAGCUACCUUGCAGCCUUCUUUGCAGCCUUUCAAAGCUUCCCAACAGCCUCAAACAGCUACCAAUCAGCCUCAAAAAACUACCCAUCAGCUUCACAAAGCUACACAACAGCCUCAAAAAGCUACACAACAGCCGGUAUCUUCUUUUACAAGUGUCAAACCACAUUUAGAGAAAAGAGCAUUUGUUGCACCUUUGGGAGCAACAAAACAUGUGAUGUCACAAUCUCCUACACCACCAGACACCAUGGCAAUGAAAAAGAGAACCGGGAAGCAAGAAGGUCAGUUGCCUCCAACAUACAUGCAUGUGAGUGAGAAUGCAUUUCAACCUCUGCGAUCUCCUCCAUCCAAUCAGGUUGAGAGUGAAGUUAUGCCAAACUACAACUGGGACGAAUUUGAAGAAUCGGCUUCUGAGAGUGAAAAUGAAUUUGAUCAAGGAGAAGGAAGUGAUACUGCUGUGAAGAAAGCAACACUUCGACAUCGAAUCAUUAUUCCAAAUUGGCCAGAAUCGAGGGAGUUUGAUGAGAAGGUGGAGGCUAUAGCUAUAGAUGCUGAUGGAAUACGACAUCUGGUAAAGGGACCAGUUCUGCCUCGAGACGUUUGGCAUGAUGCAAAGGGGUUCAGAUACAUUGUCAAGCUCAAUGAAUUCAACCAACCUAUUCGAAAAGGUGGGAAGAUCCUUGUGAGCUUCCUUGGAGAUAUUGCAAAAAAUGAUUCACUUUGUCCAGUGGGAGUCCCAAGUUGGCGUGCUGUGAACAAUCAGUUAAAAACUAAUGUUGUUACAAUGAUUCGGAAACAUUUUGUGUUACCUGAUGGACCUCUAGUUAACAAGGCACUAGUGAUGCGUAUUGACAAACCAUGGAACAAUCAUCGAUACAAAUUGAAGAGGGAUUUUUUCGAUCCAGUGAAUAAAUCUCGAGAAGAGAACUAUGCCAACGUGCCUGAUGGAGUGUCCACUAGGAGUUGGACGGAAUUGGUAGAUUAUUGGCUUUUACCAGAGGCCAUGGAAAAAUCUGAAAUGGGAAAAAAUGCUCGAGCUUUACAAGGCAAUAAGCACAACAGUGGUGCUACAAGCUUUGCUAAUCGAAGAGUUGAUAUGAAAGAGAAGAAAGGAGUGUUUAGCGAAUUGGCAUUUUUCAAAUCAGUUUACGCCAAAGAAGAUGGAAGCUUUAAAGAGGGCACACUUCCUCAUCAAUUUGUGGAGGAUGCCAACAAAAAGGUCCAAGAAAAUCUUGCGAGUUCCUCUUCUUCAAAGCCCGUAAUUGAAAUUGAGAAUGCAGUCUUUAAUGAGCUCAUGUAUAAAGGUGAAGUACCUAAACGUCCUCUGAAUUAUGGAUUUGGAGUGAAGCAAAGCGACAUCUUUGGAGUGGAAGGUUUGCUGAGGAAAGAAGGGUCAAGCUAUGUUAACAACAAUGCUAUGGAAGUGGAGAACAUGAAAGGUGAAAUAUCAGUUGUCAAGAAGCAAAAUGAGGACCUUGCGCAACAAAAUCAAGUUCUAAACACCAAGUUUGAAGAAACAACACAAUCAUUUAAAAUGAUUGCUUCUUUUUUGGGACAAGUUUUGAAGGAAGUACGCAAAGGGAAUGUUUCAUCGAACCUUUUAGAUGGUGCGGAAUCAGCAAUAAAUAUGAUUACUGAUGAUUCUGGUGGCAAUGGUGACAACCAGGCCGAGAAAUGAGACUUUGACACUAUUGCCAAAUGCAAGAUUAUUGAUGAUUCAAGUGGUAAUAGUAAAUGUAGAUCAAGAGAUGAACAAGUUAUCUUGAAGCUAAGCUAGCAUAACGAUAUGUUUACUUGUUCGUAGUCAGGAAGUUGUUUUUAUUUAGUUUUGGACUAUCUUGUAGAAAAAAUGAUAAUGCUAGUUAGAAAGUUAUUUGUUUUAAAAUAUCGCUUUUAUUUCAGUUUGACUAGACUCUGCGAAUUAAUUUAAUGUAUAGAUGAUUUUUAUCACUUUUCCUAAAUUAACUACUUAAGUAUAUAUGAAUCAUAGCAAGUUAAUAUGUUGCUUUAAGA